AUGGAAUUAAUUAAUGCAUACGAUUUAUACAAACUUGAACAAGCUGAUGAAUUGCUUGAAACUGGUUUACAAUCUUUAGAUGCAUUGCUAGGCGGUGGCAUAUCACCAGGCACAUUUUUAGAGAUUGUUGGCUUGUCAGCUACUGGAAAAUCUCAAUUCUGUAUGCAGUUAGCAGUUAGUCUGCAAAAAAAUAAAACAAAAAAAGAUAGUGUGUAUGUGGAUACAGAAGGAGGAUUCCAUACAAAACGUAUCUGUGAUAUUGCAACCAAUGUAUUAAAAACAAUGGAACCAUUAGAAUCAUUGAAACAUAUACAAGUUAGCCGCUGUCGUGAUUUGGUUGAAUUAACAAGUGCUAUUCAUCGGUUAGAAUUGUUGGUACAACAAAAUCCAAAGAUUGGUCUUCUAAUUGUGGAUAGUGUUGCGAUGCCGCUGCGUGGUGAGAAUGGCUAUGCCUUACGAUCGAGACUAGAAAUUUCACGAAUUCUUUCAAAAUUGGCUGCAUCCUAUAGAUUAAUCGUAAAUUUUCAAAUGUCUCAUCGUCCAAAUACAUGUUUUUGGUUAUAUCCACCCAAUGUUAAUUCUCGAAGUAGCUCAAUUUUUCUGGUAAAAUCGCCAUCUGCCAUGAAUGGUUCGGUACAAUUCAAAAUAACGGAAGGCGGAUUGAUGGAAAUUUAA